UUCAAUAUGGCGGCGAAUUACAGUCGCUACUAAUGUUGACAAUGACACGAUUUUAGCCGAUUAAUUUUAGUUAACCUAAUAAAACGAACCGAUAUGACUUACUACCACCAAAAUUACAUUAGGAAAUGGUAAACCCAUGGGAUUCGUAUACCCUACCUAUUGGGUUUAAAGGAAUUAAGCAUUUUUGGGGCCCAUGCACCUGUCUAAGUCCUGUGUUUUGGUUUUGAAAGUGUUCGGCGAACGUCACGUAGGCGCCCCCUUUUUCACACUUAAUUGGAGACGCUGAAGUUCUUAAGUUAUUUUUUGUACUAAGGAAUUUACUAUUCUAUUUAAAAUGGCUGAUACACGAAGACGUGUGAAACUUUACAUGCUAAAUGAAGAUCGACAAUGGGAUGACAGAGGUACUGGGCAUGUAUCUUCUGCUUACGUUGAGAGACUUCGAGGAAUGUCUCUGCUAGUGAGAUCAGAGACAGACGGUUCUAUACUUUUGGAGUCUAAAAUACAGCAAGACACAGCUUAUCAAAAGCAACAGGAGACAUUGAUAGUGUGGUCAGAAGCUGACAAUUAUGAUUUGGCAUUGAGUUUUCAAGAAAAGGCUGGUUGUGAUGAAAUUUGGGAGAAAAUUUGUCAGGUUCAAGGUAAAGAUCCCAGUGUUGAUAUAACACAAGAUGUUGUAGAAGAGUCAGAAGAUGAACGAUUUGAUGAUAUGCCAGAUGCAGCUCCACCAAUUGAACUUCCUGCUUGUGAGACUAGCAAACUGGAAGAAAUUGCAGAGCUUUUUUCUUCAGUACUGCCAUCACCAAUUCGGCGUGAAAAGCUUGCUGUGGCCAUUGAGGCUGAGAGCUACAUUCGCAAAUUGGUUGACUUAUUUCACAUGUGUGAGGACUUGGAAAAUAUAGAUGGACUUCAUCAUUUGUAUGAAAUAUUCAAAAGUAUAUUCCUCCUAAACAAAAAUGCUUUGUUCGAAAUAAUGUUUUCGGAUGAUAUUAUUUUUGACAUCAUUGGCAUUCUGGAAUAUGAUCCAACAACACCAACUCCCACUAAACAUAGAGAAUACUUGCGGAACACUGCCAAAUUCAAAGAGGUUGUACCCAUGACCAACUCAGAACUGGAAACUAAAAUCCAUCAAACUUACCGGGUACAGUACAUCCAAGAUGUCAUUCUUCCAACACCAUCAGUGUUUGAAGAGAACAUGUUAUCUUCACUAUCCUCUUUUAUUUUCUUCAAUAAAGUGGAAAUAGUCAGUAUGAUCCAGGAUGAUGUGAAAUUUUUAACUACUUUGUUUGCUCAACUGACUGGUGAAGAAACAGAUGAUAACCAUAGAAGAGACCUAGUUUUGUUCCUCAAAGAAUUCUGUACAUUUUCUCAAACAUUGCAGCAACCAAACAGGGAAUCGUUUUAUAAGACUCUAUCAAAUCUUGGAAUUUUAUCCUCCAUAGAAAUCAUUUUGGGUUUGGAUGAUGAAAAAAUGAAACUAGCUGCUAUUGACAUAUUCUCAUAUAUUGUUGAGUUUAGUCCGUCCAUGGUUCGAGAAUUUAUCCUUCACGAAAGUAUAAGUGUUGAUGAUGAAGAUCUAUUGAUUAAUCUAGUCAUUGAGCAAAUGAUCAAUGACACAGACCCAGAAUUAGGUGGGGCAGUACAGUUAAUUGGCAUUUUGCGCCUGCUGCUGGACCCAGAGAAUAUGUUAGCCACAGCUAGUAAAACUGAAAAGUCAGAGUUCCUCAGUUUUUUCUACAAGCACAGCAUGCAUGUUCUCACAGCUCCCCUAUUUGCAAACACUGCAGACAACAAACCCAGCAGAGAUGACUACCAGAGUGCCCAGUUACUUGGACUUAUCUUAGAAUUGUUGACAUUCUGUGUAGAGCACCAUACUUACCACAUAAAAAACUACAUCAUUACUAAAGAUGUAUUGCGACGAGUGCUGGUCUUACUUAAGUCUAGACAUUCUUUUCUUGUUCUUUGUGCCUUAAGGUUCUGUCGCAAAAUUGUCGGACUAAAGGAGGAAUUUUAUAAUCGUUAUAUAAUCAAAGAGAACCUCUUUCGGCCUAUUGUUGAUGCUUUUCUCGCCAAUGGUGAUCGUUAUAAUCUUAUUAAUUCAGCCAUGAUUGAGCUCUUUGAAUUCAUUAAAGUGGAGGAUAUAAAGUCAUUGAGUACAUACAUAGUAGAGACUUUCCAAAAAGAUUUAGAGGGAAUUAAGUAUGUUAAAACAUUUGAAACUUUGAAAGUUCGCUAUGAACAGCAACGAGACAGAAACAGAGACAAGCACUCCUUUGACAGCCCACUUAAAAAAGUUUCACCAAUUAAACUGAAAAAAGCUUCUGGGAAGCGAAAGUGGUCCGAUUUUCAGGUGUUACCGGAUAUAGAUGAUGAUGAUGAAGAAGAUAGUGAUCGUCAUGCUGCAUCCAUUGUACGGAAUAACAGAUUUCGCAGGGAUGCCCGUGCACCUGAUGAAGAUGAAGAGAUGUGGUUCAGUCAAGAUGAUGAAAAUGAUGAAAACGAAAGCUCACCUCAAGUAUCUGAAAUUCUCAAGAACAAAAUAGAUUCAGAUCUUGACCACAUACACAAGUUGUGGGAGAGCAAAAAAACCAAAGAGAAUCAACCAGAUGUUGGAGAGACUCCCCCAAGACUACUCAGUGGCACAAAGUCUGCUAUCAACAUCAGCAUCAAGACUGGCAGCAACUCAUCUCUAUCCUCCUUGCUUAGCAUGCCAGACAGCCCAGGCUCACCAAGUGGAUCACCACCUGCACCAGGGUCACCUGAGUCACCAAACAGCCCCCCUACAUCUCCGCACUCGCCUAAUAGACUGUGUCCUACACCCCAUGUCUCUCCCAACAGUAACAAUUCUCUGACCAAUAAAGUAAACACAAGCUCCAGCAAUAUAACAACCACCACCUCCCCGACCACUACCACAGCAUCUAAAGUCACGGAUAGUCCACCUUCAACUAAUGCAGUUACUACAAAAACACCAGGACUGAAGGGUUUAGUGGAUUACCCUGAUGAAGAUUCAGAAGAAGAGGAGGAGGAAGAAGAGGAGGAUGUGAUAGCUCCAUCUCCGAAGCGUCCAAGAGUUGGAACAUAACAUUAACAUGCUGAACUAAUUGCUGUAUCAAUGAGUCAUUAUGUUCAUAAAACUUUUUAAAAAUUCAUUAUUUCUACCCAGAUGACAGCCAACUUAGGUUUGGAUCGUGUCAUGCUAAUUUUUAAUCUACAUACAAAUCAGUGUGUUCCACAUGUGUCCAGUGAACUGUUACAACCUUAUUUCCUAUUAAACUAGCUGCCAUGCUAGGGGUAUGUUUUGACAGUUUGUAAAGCAAAUAUUAUUACUGCCUUUUUCAUUUUGUUUUUAAAAAUUAUUGUAUGACACUUAAAGUAUAAAAAAAAAAGCUUGUAAAUAGACCAUGCUGAAAGUGUUUAAUUAUUGAGAAUUUGAAAACAAACAAAAAAAAAUAUUCAGGGAUUGAUUUAUUCAUAAUAAAUCUUUACUGUUGUUUGUAGUGAUGUUUCAUCUUUGUCAUAAUGAUAGGUCAAAAUUUUAUAUAGUUGCCUUAAUUUUGCUGUGCUGUUUUUUUUUUUAAAAAAGAGUUCUAUUUAGUUGUAAAAAUUUAAAGUUUAUUUAUUCAAAUAGUUAUUGUUAAUGGUAUUAUAAUUUCACCUUAAGAAAACCAUUUGUUACUGUUAGUGGACAUAUCCAUUGUAUACCUUAACUUGAAGUUACAAUGUAGGGCACAUCUGAAAUUGUUUAGUUUCAGGAAGUGUGAUUUAAGUAUUUUUUGUGGUUGUAGUAAUAAAACAUUUAAAGUAAUGAGCACUAUGUUAUUUAAGGUAAGUUAAUUUAAUUAAAAGAAAAUUGACAAUUAUUUUUUUGUUUUUAGAUGACAAAAAUUGCAGCUGAAUAAAAUAGUUGUCGGAUUUGUUAAGUCUAGUUCAAUGCUAGAAGUAGAUUUUUUGCCGUAAAAGGAUAAAAUAAUUUUUUGUUGUAAAAUGUCAUCAAGUUAAAAUUUGUACUAUAGAAUGUCAACAGCUAGUAGUUUGUUUACACCUUUUGAACCAAAUUGGAAAUAGUAGAGUUUAUCUAUUAAAAAAAUGUGCAUAAAGAUUGGAAAUUUUGUGUAUAGUAUCUGUAGAAUUAGCUAGUUAUUUUUUUAAAUUAUGAAAGGUUUUUUUUUUAUGGCAGCAUAUAUUUUCAGUGUAAGUGACACACACACACACAACAAAGUAAAUCAAGGUGUUAACUUCCACUGAAGCUAAUUUUAGACCAUGGUGUUAGCUGUAAAUAUAAGCAUAUGUGAAAGUAGUUUGAAUGAUUAACAUUUCUGUCUAAUCUCCAUUAACAGUAGUCUUAUUUUCUCUCAAAGACUAUUAUUGUUUCUUGAUGUUCAUGGCUAUAUGCAAAUGUAUGUUGGAGUGAUGUGAUAAAACACUGUUUUGGAAAAUACAUUUUUAAAAGCUUGGUUAUGCAGUUAAGGAAGUUGUGUAGAUGUGCCAAAUGUUUUUAAAAAAAAUUGAUACUCUCAAAGCAUACAGUUUUUAAAGCUGUCUACCUUUUAGUAAAGGUAAGCAUCAUUGUUAUGUUGCUUACCUUUCAACUCAAAGAAAAUGUGUUAAUCUUGUGACUUCCAAAAUAAUUACCAGCAAUUACAAAAUGCAAGCUUGGAAUAUUCUUUCUUAGAUUUUUCAUUUAAAAAAAAUCAUUUUCUAAACUGCUGGUUUUAUCUAGAUUAUGUUUAAAAAAUGCCUGUGUGAAUGUAAGGUUGUAUCACAAUAUUGUUGCCAAUGCUGUUUUUUAUUCUGAAAUUAAAUACAAGUUUCCAACAUUGCAAAAUUUUCAAACGUGUGCAUUGUUUUUUUUUUCUUAUUUAACUUCUUGUCUUAACCCAAUAUGUACCAGAAAGCUUGCAAACCACCUAAACAAAAUGAUUUGGAAGUGUUGGAGUAGUUUUUAUUUUUUAUUUUCUUCUUUAUUGUACCAAUGCAUUAGUUUGUUUUAAUACUGAGUGAUAUUGUUAGUCCUAUGGCAAAGCUUCUUUGCUUUAUGAUGCUACAUUAGAUUUUUAUCUUCUAGUAAAUAAUGCACUUGAUAGACCAAGGGUAGAACAACAUAAUUCAGUUUAAAUAAAGAAUGAAUAUUAUGGUUUAAGCUGCAUACAAGUAGCUGGCUGUGCGAUUCUGUUUCAUUCUCCGUUAACUGUAAGAAACAAAUUUGUGAAGCUAAUCACUGUUUAGUAUUACUUUUUUUUCUGUAUGGCCUUGAUCAGUAUUGUUUCCUAACCUUAUUUUGAUGUACACUUUUUAAUAGAAAUAUAACUAGACUUAUUGCUUUAGUUUAAAAUUCUUUCUUGAAAUCCAAACAGAGCUAUUGCCUUAUUCAUUAUUUUGGUAGUUUUCUGCUGUCGUGUUAUAAUACUGUUGGUUAAAUUUACAAGGCAAUUAAUUAAAAAAAAAAUAUUUCUAUUACAUUAGGUAUGGGAAAAAAAUGUGUAAAGUAGAUUUUUAUGGCUCUUGCAGUUAAAUAUACCUACUUAAAUGUUAACGUUAAAAGACUUGCAGUAACAAAAUAGUAGAUGAGAUAGGUUAUAAAUUAUUAUAAUUUAGAUUUACCAUGGACCAAAUAUAUCUCUGAUCUCCUGUAGUGAUGUAAUGAGAGGAUUAAUAGCUACGAUAAUGAUGUAUCAUAUUUAAUAAAUUUAUAGCAUUUUAAUUUGUUUAGUUCUUAUUAGUUUAUGCUAAAGAUGACCAAGGCUUUGUGAAAUAUGGCUUUAUAUUAAACUUUAAAAAAAAAUAUUACAAUUCACUUAUUUGAUUUUUACAUGUUCAAGUUUGAUAUAUAUUAAAAAAAAAAACUACAUCAAGGUAACAGUUGUAUGUUGAGUCAGUUGAAAAACAUAACAACAUUGUCUUGAGGUUGUAAAUUUGUAUAAAACUACAAUCAAAUGAAUUGAGGCGCAAAUGCUGAUGUAUUGUAUGAUAGAAGCAUGAUCAAUCUCUAUAUCACCAUUGUUUGUCAUGGAAUGAAAAGAUGGAAUCACAUAGUUUGAAAAAAAAAUGUUUUAAAAGAAUGAUGUAUGGUUUUAAAAGUCCAUUUGUGUAUAAAGAUCUGUUGUAAUAAAUGGUCUCUUAUG